AUGCCGCUCCUGGCCAAGGCAAAGUUUUAUACAGAAGAAAAAAAAACUCGUAAAAGGAAAAAACCCAGAGAACCCUCCGAGGGCCCCGUCUGCGUUCACCCCCAGAAAACCCCGCGUUCACCACUGCCGUUUCGUCGCUCUCUCGUCGCCGACAACCGGGCGACCGCCACCGCACCCCUACGGCAGGUGCCCAGGUCCGGGCGAUUUGCCGGCGACGAGCAGCCACCAGAUAGAGGAUUGUGGCCAAUCAAGAUGUCUGGGGAAAACCCAGCGACAGCAGCAGAGGAUCCACCUCCAUUGACGGAUGGAGAAUCUGCUGCUUCAGAGAAGAAUGAUGCUGAGAAGUAUGGCUCUGAAGAGAGUAGGGAAGUGGCAGUGACUAGCAAUGAUGCCAAUGAAGUGAAGAGUGGCUGUGAAAAUGGCACAGAGUGUGCGGCAGAUGAGGGCGCAAAUAUUGUGGAGACCGAUGAUACGAACGAAGCCAAUUCAGGUUCUGCUAAUGUGGUUGGUGAUGUGGAUGUUCAAAUGGUUGACACACAGCAUGAAGCCAUAAUUGAAGGUGUGGAUGUUAAAAUGGUCGAUACACAGCGUGAAGCCAAUAUUGAAGCUGUGGAUGUUAAAAUGGUCAAGACACAGCAUGAAGCCAGUAUUGAAGCUGUGGAUGUUAGAAUGAUCGCGACACAGCAUGAAGUCAGUAUUGAAGCUGUGGAUGUUAAAAUGGUCGGGACACAGCAUGAAGCCAAUAUUGAAGCUGUGGAUGUUAAAAUGGUCGAGACAAAGCAUGAACCCAAUAUUGAAGCUGAGGAUGGUGAAAUGGUUGACACAAAACAUGAAGCCGUUGUUGAAGUUGAGGUUGUGAAAAUGGUUGAUACGCAACAUGAAGCCAACAUUGAAGCUAAGGAUGUGAAAAUGGUUGACACACAAGUUGUGAAAAUGGUUGACACACAGCAUGAAGCCAGUUUUGAUCCUGGGGAAGAUGUGUGUCAAGUUAAGGAGGGACUGAAUGGGGAUAAUCAGUAUGCCAAGGCAUCAGAAGGUGAGGACACCAAGAUGAUUGAAGCAAAUGCUGAUACUAGGAAUUCCGAGGCACAAGAAAAUAGGAAGCCAGAAAAGGAAGGCAAUGCAGAAGAGAAGACAAAUCAUGCCAAUGACAUUGAAAUGGCUGAGAAGGAAGAUAAGGAGGGAAAGAAUGAGGAUAGUCAGGAUGCCAAGGUAGCUGAAGCUGAUGAAAUGAACAUGGUCGAAGCAAAGGUUGAUGCUAGAAAUGCAGAGGCUCAAGGAAAUGGGAAGAAGGAAGAAAUGGAGGACAAGAUGGAAGAGAAGGGAAACAAUGCCAAUAUUGAAGAUGAUGUGAAAACUUUUGGCAACGAAGAUGCAUGCCAGAAGGAAGUCAAGGUGGGAAAUAAUGAGGAUAGGCAAGAUGCCAGGGCAUCAGAAGGUGAUGAAAUCAAGAUGGUUGAAGCAAAGACUGAUGCUGGACAUGCUGAGGUAGAAGGAAAUGAGAAGAAGGAAGACAAAGCUGGCCAGACUGAAGAGAAGAAAAAUAAUGCCACUACUGAAACUGAGGAGUUAAAAGUGCCUGACAAGGAAUAUGCAUGUGAAGAGGAAGAUAACAAUUUAAAGAAUGAGGGUAUUCAUGAUGGCAAGGCAGCAGAUGGUGAGGACAUGAGGAGUGUUGAAGGAAAGAUUGAUGCUGAAAUUGCAGAGGUAAUAGAAAGUAGGAAAAAUGGAGAAGUGGAGUUCAAGGCUGAACAGAAGAAAAAUGAUGGCAAUAUUGAAGCUGAGAAUGUGAUAAUAGUUGACAAGGGAAAUGCAUGUCAAACAGAAGAUAAGGUGAGAAAAAAUGAUGAUAGUCAGGAUGCCAACCGAGCAGAAUGUGAGAACAUCAAGACGGUUGAAGCAAAGAGUGAUGCUGGAAAUGCAGCGGUAAAGGAAAAUGAGAGGAAGGAAACAAAGGAGGAGCAUAAUGAAGAGAAGGAAAAUGUUGUCAAUGUUCAAGCUGAUGAUGUGAACAUUGUCGACAAGGAAGAUGCAUGUCGGAAGGAAGACAAGGAAUUUAAGACUGAGGAUAGUCAUGGUGCCAAGGCAGCAGUAGGCAGGGAAACUAUGAUGGCUGAAUCAAAGUCUGCGGCUGUACAUGCAGAGGUUAAAGAAAAUGGACAGAAGGAAGAAGGUGGGAACAGGACUGAAGAGAAACAAAUCAUAUGCAUGGAGAAACAAGACGAAGAUAAGAUGGUGCCAGCAGAAGUAGAUAAACUAGAACUGGACAAUAGAGAACAGAUUGGUGUGGAAAUGCAAGAUGGGUUGAAAGAGGAAGAAAAAAGUGGUUUUGAUAAGCAUGAAGUGAGUGAUAGAGAAGAAAGUGUUGAGGAGAGUCAGCAGGAACUGAAAGGGGAGGCAAAAGGUAAUGUGGGCAAGCAAGAAGUGGAUGAUAGAGAACAAAAUACCAAGGAGAAGCAGGACGGAUUGGAAGAGGUAGAAAGAGUUCUUUCUAGCAAGGAUGAGGCAGCAAAAAAUGAACAAGAGGGAGCUGCUGAGGAGCAUGAGGGAGAGAAAUGGGACAGAAAUGUUGCUGCUGAGAAGAAAGAGGAAGAGAAACAAGAUGCCAAGCUGACUGCUGAGGAAAAGGACAAAACACAUGAUGGAAAAGUGGCUGCUGAGAAGCAAGAGGAAGAGGAAGAGGAAGUGAACGAAAACGUAACUUCUGAGAAGAAUGAAGUGGGUGUGAUUGAAAGGGGAGUUUUUGAGAAGGAUGAUGAAAUGGAAACAAAGGGAAACACUACUGCUGGUAAACAAGAGGGAAAGAAAGACAAUCAAAUAGAUGAUAUAUGUAAACAUGAGGGACAAAAUAAAGGGACCAAACGAGCAAAUGCUGACAUAGAAGAGGCAGAAAAUGGAAGCGUGUCUAAUAAAAAAGAGAAGGAUGGCGAGGCGACAGUGGAACAAGCUGGCGAGUCAGACAUGGAAGAGAAUAAGAAUGGAGAACCAAAGAGCAAGAAGGCAAGGAUUGAUACAGAAAAGGACCAUGGAAAGGAUAAGAAACAAGAUGGUUCUAAGUCUAGGGAAGCCAAGAACUUGUUGAGUACCCCAAGUCCUUAUUCUCUUGAUCGUCCGGCGCGUGCUAGGAAAACAGUGGAGAGGUUGGUUGAAGUGAUUGAGAAGGAGCCACUUAUUGUUGAGAAGGGUCGUGGCACACCUUUGAAGAAUAUACCUGGCGUUGCGAAGAGAAUAUCAAAUAAACAACCUGCCGAGCUUAAGCUUCUCCAUCAAAUCCUUUUUGGGAGGUUUGGGAAGGCUGUUGAUUUCAAAAGCCAUAUACUUGAGUUCUCUGGAUUUCUGUGGCAUGAUAGUGAUAAAAAGCAUAGAGCCAAGGCCAAGGAGAAGCUUGACAAAUGUUCGAUAGAAACAUUAUUGGAUCUCUGCAAUCUGCUUGUUAUUCCAGUUUCAAGGUUAAAUAGUACAAAGGAUAACAUUGUGGCGAAGCUGCUGGAUUUCAUUGCUGAGCCCCGCGCUAAGGACGAUUCUACACUUUCUGAUGAUCAGGGAUCAAAUUCUAGGAAGCGCAAACGAGAAGUGGGGAGUGCAACUAAGAAUCCAGAAGACACACACAAGAGAUCUAGGAAGAAACUUGAUGAUGAACAUACUUCACGCAAAAGGUGGCAGAAAUAUUACGAGUCAGAAUCUGAUGAAGAUGCUGAAGAAGGGCAUGAAGAGGAUGAUCACAUGAAGUCUGCUAGUGAGGAAAACAAAGAUGAUGGUGAAGAAGUUGAUAGUGAGCAGGAAGAUAGAUAUGGCCGGCGAAAAGUAAAGGCAGCUCCUGUAGGUACAUUGAGCAAGUGUUCGAGCAGAGUUUCAUCAUCGCCGAAAAGUUCUAAGGAUAAGCAGAGGUCUGCUGUGGAUUUAAACCUUGACUCUAGGAAGAGUAAACCCAUUACGCCAAAGCACACAACAAAUUCUGAAAAAGAGACCAAUGAAAGAAGAUCAUCAGGGAAAGGGUCAACAAGCAAAGGGGAAUCAGCAGAAGCAGAACAAGCUCUUCCCAGCAAGGAUGAACUGCAAAAGAUUAUUGUUCAACUUCUUAAGAAGGCCGACUUUGACAAAGUUACAUUCAGUGACAUUCUUAAGAUGCUCGGUAAACGCUACAAGAUGGACGUAUCUUCAAUGAAAGAUACUGUGAAGUCCAUAAUUCUUGAUGAGCUGGCCAAGUUAGCGGAGGCAGACGAGGACUAAUUUGGAAAUGAAGACCCUGGCAAGAUGAAGUCAAAGCAUCAAAGCAUAGUAUAGGAUGAGGGCUGACAAGCUCGAGCCCAGUAGCUAUAAUGAUUGUAACCAUGUUAACUGUUGUUAACCGCGAUGCCUUUGGUCAGUAACUUGCCCUGUUUUGGGAAUGUAGGAUGCUUUGCAGCUCUGAUCUAACCAGUGGAGGUACAUAAACUGCUGUGGUUGCCUGCGACGAUUAGCUCCUGGUUCUUCUCUGAAUGGAUCCUGUUGGUUACUGGUUCUUUGUUCCUUGCAUGCUCUUCGCAACUUUUUAAGUGAGGGUCAUCUAUGUGGUCAGUGGAGGCCCAUUCUUUGUU